ACGCCGCGUUCAGGCUAUAGUUCGGUUUCAGAGAUUGUCCCGUGCGUAUACCUUCUCGCAAGAACGGCAAAGAGCUACGACGCCACACACUUUGCUCUAGACUGCAGACCAAGCCCAAGCAUCUCUUACCAAGUGUUGUUACAGUGUUUUACAACAACCGUUCAACCGAAACUACUCACUACUGCCGGUUUUUCUAAAAGCCAAAGCAACAACCCGCAAACCUGCAAAACGUCGUUUGAUAGUGUGUUGUUCACUGCCCUCCCAAAAAAAAAAACAAGGAAGUACAAAAACCAAGAAAGUAUCCACAUCACCUGAAAUCACCUUCAAGUACAACGUGACAGAGGAUCAUAUCGAGCGAAAACCAAAUCACCAGUGCAAAACAAAGUGUUGCUAAUCUUCGCGCUAGAAGACUAAACAGAGACUUCAAAACUCAACCCCCAAAACAGCAUGUCGGCAUCACCGAUCGCACGUCAGGCCUGCGCCUCCAUUUCCCAGGCCAUCCCGUCCAAGCGAGUACUCAUCCAUGACGCAUCCGAGCUGCCGGAUCUCUACUCCUCCACGCCCGGUGGCACACUGUACUCGACCACUCCCGGAGGUACUCGCAUCGUGUACGAGCGAGCCUUCCUGAUGAACCUGAAGAAUUCCCCGUUGACACGCACGCCGCCGAACAAUGUGCCACUGAAUCUGCUGCGAUCGGGCGGUAGCCCUAACUCGAAACCGAUGUCGACACUAUCGGCAGUAAAGCAGCAGAAACCUGUCCGUAACUCACCACCAAAGUACGACGAGCAUCAGGAACAGUUCGAUAUGGAUCUGUAAGCUGUCCCGAUACGGAGUGCCCUGUCCUUCGUAACAAGCAACAAACUUUGAGGAUCCCUCCAACAUCCAAAACACCAGCAUCAGGAAGCAUGUUCUCAUCGUUGAACAGUUUGUAAAGCCGUACAGAAGGAGCAGAAGCGUCCGCACCAAGGGAGAAAAAGCAUCGGAAGUGGAGAAGAUAUUACUAUUACUUUCAUUUUGCAAUUUUCGUUUUCUUGUUAACUUUGUUACGCACGUGCAGUUCCAGUGCGGAUGCGGAUCGUGUUUUGAGUAAUAAUAUUAGGCAUCUCUGAGUAUUGUAAGCAGCCAAAGGCCAGGCAAGCGGGAGAAGCGAUGGUAAUGAAUGGCAGCGCUAGAUCGCUGAUCGGUCGUCCAUGCUUCUCACCUUACUAACCGACGCGCUAACAACUGCACCCAGAGAGAGUAGGCAUCUCGAUAAAUCGUUGGAUGUAGACUUUAUAAGUUUAUCGUUCCUUCGGUAGUAAGAUUAGCGAUCUAUGUGUUUUAACGUACACACACCGUUAGCCACGUAAGAUUCACGACGACAACCCUUAUUUUUUAUCUUAUUAGUUUGACAUUUUGUUCGGUUCACAUCACCAGCAAGGCAAUGGCGACCAAUAUCUGAUGGACGAUCGGUAGGGUUGUUACUAAAAGCAUAACUAGUAUCCACUGUGUAAGGAUAAGGGGAAAGGAGAAUUAGGUGAAAAAGGCGAGCAAUUUGCUACUGCAAGUCAAAAAUCAUUUUCUAGCCAAGCGACAAUGAGGAAGGUUUGUUUGAAGAUCGUUUAAGUUGUUUUUUUCCUGACGCUAGUAGCCGUGUUCUAAGGAUUCAUAACUCGCACACAUCCAUAGAAAUUGUAAUCCUAAAAAAAAUGCAAGAUAAGCAUAGCUUAUCAAAAAAACUAAGGUCGACAAAGGAUACAGAGCGGAUGUUCUGUGACCCCAAAAGGAACAAAAGGCACAAGCGUCAGGAAGAAAAAGCUUAGGGUGCAAAAUUGAUUGAAUUUUUUUUUGUCUGUUUAAAAGCAACCUACUGGUGAUUUGUGAUAAUUGUGAAAGAUUUCAUUGACUGCAUCCACCGAACCCGAACCAGUCGCGCGGUCGGACAGAUACGAGACAGUGUGCGGGUUAGGGAAGAAAAGGAAUCUUUCAUAGUUUUGUAUUGUUUAAGCCAAGAGUAUAAUUUUAUUAUCUGUAAGAAUUUAUGAAGAAAGAAUGAAGGAUAUAAAAUGUUUCGAAAGCGUA